UGUGGGCCUGAAUUGGUUGGCCCAUAACCGGAAGAAAACUCCGACGGUUCGCCGGAGCUUUGGUUGCCUUCAUUGACAUUUGCUUCCCGCCAUCGCAGCUUCGCGUUCUUCGACUGAUACGGAAGAAGUUCUUGCAAGGAGGGGAAUGCUUGGAUCUUGGAAAGAAAUGGAUUAGAAGGAGAAGGGUGGAUAAUGUUGAGAGGAAACCCACGUCUCCUGAGCUUUUCUCGACCGGUAUGUCGGCGACGAAUUGCGUUUUCUGCGGGUAAUCUGGUGGGGCCAGCGAGCUCUCUGUGUGAAUUGAAUUGCACUCUUGGUGAGUUGUCAAGAGCUGGGAGAAUCGAGGAUGCCCGGAACCUGUUCGACGAAAUGCCGCGUAGAGAUGAGUACACCUGGAACACUAUGAUCGGGGCCUACGCCGGCUCAGGGAGGUUAGCUGAGGCAAGGGGCCUUUUUGAAGAGGCCCCGAGUAAGAGUUCCAUCACUUGGUCUUCUCUCAUCUCGGGGUUCGCCCGGCUGGGGCAUGCGGAUGAAGCUUUUCGGCUGUUUGGGCAAAUGCAGCUGGAGGGCCGGCAGCCCAGCCAGUUCACCCUGGGCAGUGUGUUAAGGGCGUGUUCCAUGAUGGGGUUGCUCCGAAAAGGGGAGCAAAUUCACGGGUAUGCAAUAAAGAUGCGUUUCGACCUUGAUGAUUUUGUCGUCACUGGACUUGUAGACAUGUAUGCUAAGUGCAAGCUCAUUAUCAAGGCAGAGUGUUUGUUCGAGACAGUGCCGGAGAAGGGUAACCCGGUGCUUUGGACCGCAAUGGUGACGGGGUACUCCCAGAGUGGAUAUGGGUUUAAAGCGAUGAAGUGUUUCCGAGACAUGAGGUCGAAAGGAAUUCAGCCCAAUCAGUAUACUUUCCCGAGUGUUUUGACUGCUUGUGGAGCUGUUUCAGCAAGUGAUUUUGGGGCACAGGUCCAUUGUUCCAUUGUACAGAGUGGCUUUGGGACUAGCUCGUUUGUUCAGAGCGCCCUGAUUGACAUGUACUCGAAAUGUGGGAACUUGGGAAAUGCGAAGAUUGUUUUGGAAACGAUGGAGAUUGAUGAUGUGGUCUCCUGGAACACGAUAAUAGUUGGUUUUGUCAGGCAUGGCUUCAAAGAGGAAGCUCUGAGUUUGUUUAAGCAAAUGCGUGAAAAUGAUGUAAAGAUCGACCAUUUCACAUAUCCAUCUGUCCUAAACUCUUUUGCCUCCUCUGAGGAUUCACAAACUGCGAAAUCCAUUCAUUGCAUGAUCAUUAAGACUGGUUUCGAAGCUUAUAAGCUAGUGAGCAAUGCUCUAAUUGAUAUGUACGCGAAGCAGAGCUCUAUGGAUUUGGCAUUCAAGGUGUUCGGGAAUAUGCUGGACAGGGACGUGAUCUCUUGGACUUCACUGAUCACUGGUUAUGCUUUUAAUGGCUCCUACGAAGAAGCCAUUAGACUUUACUGUAAUAUGAGAAUCUCAGGGAUUGAUCCCGAUGAAAUAGUUCUUUCGAAUAUCUUAAGUUCCUGUGGAGAACUGACAGUUUUAGAACUUGGCCAACAAUUUCAUGCAGAUUUCAUAAAAUCAGGCCUUAGUUCAUCCCUUUCAGUAGAUAACUCCCUCGUGACAAUGUAUGCAAAAUGCGGGAAUAUAGAAGCAGCUAAGUUAAUAUUUGAUGCUAUGGAGAACAGGAAUGUGAUCUCAUGGACAGCGCUGAUUGUGGGAUAUGCUCAAAAUGGUAAAGGAAAAGAGUCUCUACAUUGUUAUCACCAGAUGGUCUCUUGUGGGGUGAAGCCUGAUUAUGUCACUUUUAUUGGUAUAUUAUUUGCAUGCAGCCAUGCGGGUUUGGUGGAAGAGGGUUGCCGAUACUUCGACUCAAUGAUUGAUAUUUACAGAAUUAAACCCGGUCCUGAACACUAUGCGUGCAUGAUCGAUCUACUUGGGCGAUCAGGAAGAUUUAAGGAAGCGGAGGAAUUGCUUGAUAAAAUGGCAGAGGAGCCUGAUGCCACUGUGUGGAAGGCCCUUCUUGGUGCGUGCAGGGCCCACAAGAACUUGCAGUUGGGCGAGAGGGCAGCCAAGAAACUUUUCAUGCUGGAACCUAUGAAUGCUGCACCGUAUGUUCUCCUAGCUAAUAUGUACUUUUCAGCUAAUAGAACAGAAGAUGCUGCAGAGAUUAGGAGGAUGAUGAAAUCAAGAGGAAUCGCUAAGGAGCCGGGUUUCAGUUGGAUGGAGAUUAACAGCAAAGUCCACACCUUCAUGUCUGAAGACUCAGCUCAUCCGAGGAUGCAAGACAUAUACUCAAAGGCUGAUGAGGUUAUAAGCUUGAUCAAGGAAGUCGGUUAUAUUCCUGACACAAGCUUUGCUCUUCAUGAUGUUGAUGAGAAGGGAAAGGAGCUUGGUCUUGCUUACCACAGUGAGAAGUUGGCUGUUGCUUUUGGACUUCUCACAGUACCUCAAGGAGGACCGAUUCGGAUCUUUAAGAACCUUCGGGUGUGUGGGGAUUGCCAUGUUGCUAUGAAGUUCAUAUCGAUGGUCUUCAACCGGCACAUCAUCUUGAGGGAUUCAAAUUGUUUCCACCAUUUUAAGGGGGGAAUUUGUUCAUGUGGAGAUUAUUGGUGAGAAGAAUGGAUGUCAGGUAGUCGACCGUCACUUUUUUGGUCGGUCAGUGAGGAGAUCGCCAUGUUAUAGAAGAGCUAUUACCUUGAUUUAGAAACUGCUGAAACGGGAGUGUUGGGGCUCUGAAAUUGGUUCAUCAAAUUUUGUCAAGGUCAUCUUUGCAACUGAUUUGCUUAAUGCUCAUCUCUGUGUACCGGUCAGAUGUCACGGAAGUUUUUACAGCUUGGAAAGGGAGAAAAUUUUGUGCCUGCUGGGAAAAUGGUGAAGCCUCUGAUCGGAGACACAGGAACACUGAUACUAACAUUUUAAAGGAGAUCAUCGAUUUUGUGAGUCAGUCUGGUGCAUGUGUUGAUUAGAAACGGGAGGAUUUUCAGCAAUAAUGAUAUGAAUGGCUUUAUAAUGUUCAUAGACAGUGUCUUCGACUCAAAAGCUGCAUAGUAAUUCCCAAGAGGACCCACAAUUCUCAUAAAUGCCUUUAAAGUUUGAUCUUUGAGCAGAAGCAAUGAGCAUUUUACUGGAGCCUUCUCUGUACGUCUUCUGCAGGUACAGAGAAUUGAGUGAUGACGGCGGCUUAGAUUUCGGCAGUCGAAUUGGAGCUGUAGAAUAAAUUGUCUCAGCGGGUAAAUAUAUGCCGUCUCUGGCACAACAUUACUUGACCUAACAGAAGAUUCACAAUGUUAUAGGCCGAGGGAGGGAAAAGCUCAAUAAAGAGGUAGAAGAGGACCUAAUUAAGUUAUUUAUCUGGAGGAGGCUGCCGGAGAAGCUCGGAAUUGGUCAAAUUGGAAAUAUCAAAUUUUCGGCAUAAGGUUACUGCGAAGUUUGAAAAGACAAUGAAAGAUUUGGAGAAUAAAAUUUCAUGGCGCAGGGUAUACGUUAGGCUGAAGCAGAAGCUCAGGAAGCUUAAUCUAGUUAAAAGAGGAAUUACUGAGCUGAAGAGGGGUCAAAGGCUCAAAUUGGAGGCCAACCAGAGGCUUUCUACUGAAACGAAGCCAAAUCGAGGAUGGUGAGAUUACCGAAGAUUUGCUUGCAGAAGUGAACAGAGCGAGGGAGGAAUUAACUGAGAUACAAAGGUUGACGAGUUUGAAGGAUGUUGGCGUCAAAAAAAAAAGAAAAAGAAAAAAAAAGAGAGAUAUAAUGUGCAUCAGUAAUCGGGAAACUGGACAUAGAAAGUGAGUGCAGUGACUGAAAUGAACAUUGAAAGAGCUAUGUGGGAGCUGAAACUGGAAGCUGCACUAAGCCUUUGCUCGGAAAAUGUUGAGAAACCGAUCGAAAUCAACAAAGAUCCUCUGCUUUGACACAGAUCACCAAUGCAGUUGCAGACAAGCUGAGUACUUCAGGAAACUAUUGAUUAAGGAGCUUCCAAUAUACUGAAUAAUCUUCUCAUCUGGGUUAGAUUUGAUUACAAAUGAUCGUAACAGAAGAAAAAAUCUCGACAUGUUUACAAGCACAAGUGCUUUCACAAGUGACUAAUUAAUUAAUCCCAAAAAUGAAAAAAAAACAAUUAAA